CCCGGUCCUACGGAGAACUCCCUGGCUGCCUCCGCCUCCCGGGUCGGGUAGAUCCGGCUCAUAGCUCUCUAGCUCGCUGUCUUUAUUUAUUUAUUUAGGGCGGCUUUUCGCAAUCGCACUAAGUUGUACCCUUCUCGCUCGCCGUACCUCGGAUGGUACCAUCUCCUCGAGAGCCGAGAGGGAGGUUGGAGUAGGGAGAUACGACGGGGGUGGGGGGGUAAGAGAGGAGGAGGAGGAGGAGGAGGAGGAGGACUAGGACAGCGACCAGCCGACCCAGCCCGCGGCGGGUCCUCCCCUUCUCCCUUCCCCCUUCCCCUCCCCCUCUCCGCUCCGGGGGCGUCCUCGGACGGCGGAGGACCCGCAUCUCGUCCCUGUGGCCGCGCGGGAGGCCUGAUUUCAACACUAAACUCCCACAAUGUCCCUGAAACCAAGAGUAGUGGAUUUCGAUGAAACAUGGAACAAACUCUUAACGACAAUCAAAGCUGUUGUCAUGUUGGAUUACGUUGAAAGAGCAACUUGGAAUGAUCGUUUUUCAGACAUCUAUGCUUUAUGUGUAGCCUAUCCUGAACCUCUUGGGGAAAGACUUUACACAGAGACUAAAAUUUUUUUGGAAAAUCACGUACGCCAUUUGCACAAGAGAGUUCUGGAGUCUGAAGAACAAGUAUUGGUUAUGUAUCAUAGGUAUUGGGAAGAAUAUAGCAAGGGGGCAGACUAUAUGGACUGUUUAUACAGGUAUCUCAACACACAGUUUAUUAAGAAGAAUAAAUUGACAGAAGCUGACCUUCAAUAUGGUUAUGGUGGUGUAGAUAUGAAUGAACCACUUAUGGAGAUAGGAGAGCUAGCAUUGGAUAUGUGGAGAAAAUUGAUGGUUGAGCCACUUCAGGCAAUCCUUAUACGAAUGCUCCUCCGAGAAAUAAAAAAUGAUCGCUGUGGGGAAGACCCAAAUCAAAAAGUAAUCCAUGGGGUUAUUAACUCCUUUGUUCAUGUUGAACAGUAUAAGAAAAAAUUCCCCUUAAAGUUUUAUCAGGAAAUUUUUGAGUUGUCUUUUCUGACUGAAACAGGGGAGUAUUAUAAACAAGAAGCUUCAAAUUUGUUACAAGAAUCAAACUGUUCACAAUAUAUGGAAAAGGUCCUAGGUAGAUUAAAAGAUGAAGAAAUGCGGUGUAGAAAAUAUUUACAUCCAAGUUCAUAUAAUAAAGUGAUUCAUGAAUGUCAGCAACGAAUGGUGGCCGACCAUUUACAGUUCCUACAUGCAGAAUGUCACAAUAUUAUCCGACAAGAGAAAAGAAGUGACAUGGCAAAUAUGUACACCUUGCUUCGUGCUGUGUCAAGUGGUUUACCUCAUAUGAUUCAAGAACUGCAGAACCAUAUUCAUGAUGAGGGUCUCAGAGCAACUGGUAAUCUUUCUCAGGAAAAUAUGCCAACUCAAUUUGUGGAGUCAGUUUUGGAGGUGCAUGGUAAAUUUGCCCAGCUUAUCAACACUGUUUUGAAUGGUGAUCAACACUUCAUGAGUGCCCUGGAUAAGGCUUUGACAUCAGUAGUAAACUAUAAAGAACCCAAAGCUAUUUGUAAAGCACCUGAACUGCUGGCUAAGUACUGUGACAACUUACUAAAAAAAUCAGCAAAAGGAAUGACUGAAAAUGAAGUGGAAGACAAGCUCACUAGCUUCAUUACUGUUUUCAAAUAUAUUGAUGAUAAAGAUGUUUUUCAAAAGUUUUAUGCCAGAAUGUUGGCCAAGCGCUUAAUUCAUGGCCUAUCUAUGUCUAUGGAUUCUGAAGAAGCCAUGAUCAAUAAAUUAAAGCAAGCCUGUGGAUAUGAGUUUACAAGCAAACUCCAUCGAAUGUAUACAGACAUGAAUGUCAGUGCUGAUCUCAACAACAAAUUCAACAAUUUUAUAAAAAACCAGGACACUGUAAUUGAUUUAGGAAUUAGUUUUCAAAUAUAUGUUCUACAGGCUGGUGCAUGGCCACUUACUCAGUCUCCUUCCUCUACAUUUGCCAUCCCUCAGGAACUGGAAAAAAGCGUACAGAUGUUUGAAUUAUUUUACAGUCAGCAUUUCAGUGGAAGGAAGCUUACGUGGUUACAUUAUCUUUGUACAGGUGAAGUUAAAAUGAAUUAUUUGUCCAAACCCUAUGUGGCCAUGGUGACAACAUACCAAAUGGCAGUACUACUUGCUUUUAACAAUAGUGAAACCGUCAGUUUCAAAGAGCUUCAUGAUAUCACACAGAUGAAUGAAAAGGAAUUAGCAAAAACAAUCAAAUCAUUACUUGAUGUGAAAAUGAUUAACCAUGAUUCAGAAAAGGAGGACAUAGAUGCAGAAUCUACUUUUUCAUUAAAUAUGAAUUUCAGCAGUAAAAGAACAAAAUUUAAAAUUACCACAUCAAUGCAAAAAGACACACCACAGGAAAUGGAACAGACCAGAAGUGCUGUAGAUGAAGAUAGAAAAAUGUAUCUUCAAGCUGCUAUAGUCCGCAUCAUGAAAGCUCGAAAAGUGUUGCGGCAUAAUGCUCUUAUUCAGGAGGUUAUUAGUCAGUCAAGAGCUCGAUUUAAUCCGAGCAUUAGCAUGAUUAAGAAGUGCAUUGAAGUUCUGAUAGACAAACAGUACAUUGAAAGAAGCCAAGCAUCAGCAGAUGAAUAUAGCUAUGUGGCAUGAUGAUGCCAGCUGCCUGCAGGUGUGCUUUUAAGAAGAUCCUAACUCACUAUUUGGUGUACUCCUGUGGGAAGAAGCAGGCUUGUGCCUCUAUAGUUGGUCACUUGGCAGCCCCUGUUUUUCUGCUGUUUACAACAUCACCAGUGCCACGUCAUGAGCGUCAAUGAAAAUGCCUAUAGAUAUUUCAAGCUCAUGUCAUUAUGACAUUUCUUAAAACUUUACUAAAUGAAUGAGUGAAGUAUUGCUGAAAUGUGGAAAUUUGGUUGGGUACCAUGCUUUUUUUUUCUCCUCACGUUUGCAGUUGAUGUGUUUUUUUUAAUGUAUCUUAAAGGACAUAAAGUAAAAACCUAAAUAUUGUAAUAUGACAGAUAACCUAAUAAUUGUAUCUACAUUAAAAUGACAAACAUGAUAUUGCUGCUUGUCGAAUAAAAAAAUAAAGAAAUUAAA